AUGCACGCAAUCGAUAGUAAAAUCGAAGGUGCAGCUCUAAACGUCAGGGCCGCUUCCUGUUUCUUUCUUUCCGAUAAUUUGUCCCAUACAAACGGCAAAAUGUCGCUCGUCAUCCCAGAGAAGUUCCAGCACAUCCUGCGUAUCAUGAAUACGAACAUCGAUGGCAAGCGCAAGGUCGGCAUCGCCAUGACCGCCAUCAAGGGUGUGGGUCGUCGCUACUCCAACAUUGUGCUGAAGAAGGCCGAUGUCGAUCUGACCAAGCGCGCCGGUGAGUGCACCGAGGAGGAGGUCGACAAGGUGGUGACCAUCAUCUCAAACCCCCUGCAGUACAAGGUGCCCAACUGGUUCCUCAACAGGCAGAAGGACAUCAUCGACGGCAAGUACUGGCAGCUGACCUCCUCCAACUUGGACUCGAAGCUGCGUGACGAUCUGGAGCGUCUGAAGAAGAUCCGCUCCCACCGCGGUCUGCGUCACUACUGGGGCCUGCGUGUCCGUGGCCAGCACACCAAGACCACCGGUCGUCGUGGUCGCACCGUUGGUGUGUCCAAGAAGAAGUAAGCUGCUGCAACGUUCCCUGCCGGAUUGCCGACUCUACUUUAACUUUUACUUCAACAUCAAAAUAAAAGAAAACACGGAAACCGGAA